AUGGCCUCCGAACUUCCACCCAACGCUCUCGGCAACCUUGCCUCUUCCAUCAAGAACAUCGUCACUGGUGUGCCCUUAGAGGAGCGAUCCGAGACCGAGGUUCAAGCUACCAACGUCGACAAGACCAAGGCCAAGACCCUUGACAGGACUGUUGACAAGACUGUCGAGACCACCGAUGACGCUACCGUCCACAAGGAAAAGACAGCACCGGUCGUUCACGAGGAUGUCAAAUCCCACCAGCAUGAAAAGGUUGACACUGAAGUCGACCAUGAAGUCCAUCAGGAUCAUUACCACACGACCAUUCAGCCUGUAAAGGACAAGAACGUUCUACCCACCAAGCAUGUCUACAAGGAGAAUGAGUUUGAGGAGGAGAUUGACCAUCGUAACAACGAGGCCAAGCUGAAGGCUCAGGAGGAGGCUGCCAGAAUUCACGACGAGAAGAACGUCCAUGGCACCACCAAAUCACAGGAGUAUGUUCCUGCCAAGGAGCAUGAGCAUGUUCACCACCACCUCCACGAAACUAUUCAACCCGUCAUCGAGCGAGAAACUGUUCAACAAAAGGUCAUCCACACCAAGAACAAGAUCCACGAGAAGGAACAGUUGAACGACGAGUUCCACGAAGCCAGUGUUGCACCCGCCAUUUCCAUGGCCGAGUUUGAAAAAGAGGGCGGAGGCGUCAAGAGUGGUACUACUACCACCAAGGACGUUGAGUUUCCCGUGUCCAGCGUCAAGUCUGCCAAGAAGAGAGAGGCUCUGACUGGUGAUGUUGACGAGUCCUCCAAAAUUGAAUCUAUCUAG